CCACUCCUCCCUGUUGGACUAGGAGGGAGAGUUGCAAGCAGAGAUGGGUUUUUUAUCCUCUGUAAUUUGCACAUAGUACCAGUGUUUAGGACGGGCUGCUUUGUCAGGAAAAGCUGGUACCAAGGAACAGAUUACCAUACUGUAUCUUUUUUUCUGUUGUCAGAAGAAAGGAAGAUUUGAGUUUGCAUUCUUCAGCUGAGAAUAAGUUUGUGUUUUAGCUUUCCCCAGGUGUCUUAGAGGGAUGGAGGGAGCUGAUUUUGUGCUCUCAGAAUGUGUUGAUGCCUGAUAAAAGCGCAUCUGAACUUGUAUCAGUCUAAAGAAGGGAGCUAUUUAUUAAGAGAUAAGAGUCUAAAACAUUUUUUUCUUCUAGACUAGAAGGUUCAUUCGAAUGAAUGGUCAUUGGGUAAUUCUAGCCAUGAAAAUAAAGCCUGUUACCAAAACAGUGGCCAAAUUAUAAUUCCAGAGUGGAUGCAUGAGGUGAUUUGAGAGCAAGAAGGAAGAAGAGAGGACCAAAGCUUUUCCAAAAAUGAAGAGAAUGCUGAUGUAUGAUACUUUGCCCUGUAGCAGCUUGCUAGUUCACAGCAAAUCUUUUAAUUAAGCAUGGAAUAUAGAAAACAGCAGAAAAACUUCUUCUAGUGCUUCAGUCUCAUCUGAAAUUCUGUAGGCAUGUAUAUUAUAAGCAGUAUAAUGGCAGAAUUUUAAGCCAGUUUGAGAAUCUCUCAUCUUUUAGUAGAACCUGAGGCUUGUGUGCUUCUGAGCUGCUGUGGAUGGCCCUGGCUCUCUUGACCACCCUUCCAAGUAGGAUGUCACUGAGAUCCCUCAAAUGGAGCCUCCUGCUGUUGUCACUGCUGAGUUUCCUUGUGAUGUGGUACCUCAGCCUGCCCCACUACAAUGUGAUAGAACGUGUAAACUGGAUGUACUUCUACGAGUAUGAGCCCAUUUACAGACAAGACUUUCGCUUCACGCUUCGAGAGCAUUCAAACUGCUCUCACCAAAACCCAUUUCUUGUCAUCCUGGUGACUUCACACCCUUCAGAUGUGAAAGCCAGACAGGCCAUUAGAGUUACUUGGGGUGAAAAAAAGUCUUGGUGGGGAUAUGAGGUUCUUACCUUUUUCUUACUAGGCCAGCAGGCUGAAAAGGAAGACAAAAUGUUAGCAUUGUCCUUAGAGGAUGAACACCUUCUUUACGGUGACAUAAUACGACAGGAUUUUUUAGACACCUAUAAUAAUCUGACCUUGAAAACAAUUAUGGCAUUCAGGUGGGUAACUGAAUUUUGCCCCAAUGCCAAGUACAUCAUGAAGACAGACACUGAUGUUUUCAUCAAUACUGGCAAUUUAGUGAAGUACCUUUUAAAUGUAAACCACUCAGAGAAGUUUUUCACAGGUUAUCCUCUAAUUGAUAACUAUUCCUAUAGAGGAUUUUACCAGAAAGCCCAUAUUUCAUACCAGGAGUAUCCCUUUAAGGUGUUUCCUCCCUACUGCAGUGGGUUGGGUUAUAUAAUGUCCAGAGAUUUGGUGCCAAAAAUCUAUGAAAUGAUGAGUCACGUAAAACCCAUCAAGUUUGAAGAUGUUUAUGUUGGGAUCUGUUUGAAUUUAUUGAAAGUGGACAUCCAUAUUCCAGAAGACACAAACCUUUUCUUUUUAUAUAGGAUCCAUUUGGAUGUCUGUCAACUCAGACGUGUGAUUGCAGCUCAUGGCUUUUCUUCCAAGGAAAUUAUCACAUUUUGGCAGGUUAUGCUGAGGAAUACCACAUGCCAUUAUUAAUUUGACAAAAGCCUAGAGAAAGUCAGGGUACCCUGUAGAAAGCAUUAAAAUUACUUUAAAAUCUCCAGUGGAAAACUCAUGGGAAGGUGACUGUGUGUUGAU